AUGGGUGUCAAAGAUGGUGCUGCAUAUUGUCGUUCAUCACAAGGCUUUACACACACAGUCAAGUUGAUUUGCACCCGCCUUAAUGAUAAGUUUCCCGUAGGUGGUCCUCACAAUCCUGGUGUCGGUGUCAAUCUCUCGUGUUGGCUCGUAGCUGCUCUUAAGCACAAUGUGUUCCUCAUGCAGAAAUGGGGUCGAUUUGGAGAGGCUCUAGUUGGAAUUCUUGUCAAAGCUGUCGCUAAUAACUUGAAGCUAGAUAAACAACCGGCACUUCUCCCCACACUCUUACUUUGUGGCGGAGGAGGUUAUGUGGCAUUUGAGACUCUGACUUCAAGGGUCGAUACAGUAGCAUGGCAGACUGGAGAAGAGGGACUGGAUCUAAUCCGCGACUACUUCCCCAAGAUCACUGAAGACUUCUUUACCUCAGUCUAUGGUAUCCGGGAUUCAAGUAGAGAGAGGUGCAGCCGACAUUUGCAAGGUGGAAGUUUUGAUCUGGAGCAUCUGAAUCUUUGCAGCAAUAUGGAACCAGACACAGAAUCGAUGGUUGUGAAAUCCGCAUGUGCGCCAUGUACCGGUAUACUGUCCAAUCGAUGUGCUGUCAAGCUUGCUGAAGAUAUUCAUACACUCCUUGGGGCUCCUGAAAGUAGAUGCGACUGUGCAGCUGGUGCAUUCUGCUGCGCCCACCGCCGGGCCCAAUUCUUGCUGAUGUACAUUAUUCAGAAGUGCGAUGAUUGGGAUUUCGCAACUCUGGUAAGGAAAAUGCCAGAACCAAUCCAUAGGAUUGUAUCAUGUGCGAUUGCAGUAUCAUAUUGUCACCCAAGCAAUGAUAAAGAAGAGGCAGCAAGGGAGAGAAAGAUCCGCCAGAAAUGCCUAGACAAGCUUUUCUCACAACUCAAGAAGGCAGAUGGGAAUGAUGAAGAUGAGGAUGAGGAGGAAGAAAACGAACGGUUUGAGUGGGAAGAUGGAGUUCCAUUGGCUAACCCUGGGUGCAAAUUCGUCGUAUCCAUUGUAUCAGGUGGUGCUACUGUAGAAGUGAUCAAGGUCACCGCUCUAUUCCUGGCGGAAAUGGAGGAAAGGGAAAAGAUAACUGGUCGAACACAGAAGCACAGUAACGCGAUGAUGCUGGAGGAAUUUGCGAAGUAG